AUGCACUGCCCUGAGGCUGUAUUGAUAUUGCAGUGUACACUAAUUGCUAUCGUAUCAAGCUCAGAGGACGACAUUUCUCGUCCCUUUACCAAUGAGAAUGGGAGAUCUAUACACGUGACCUUUGAGAGAUCUGCCAGCCAGUGUAACAACACCCUCACUACCCUAACCAACACAUGUGACUACACCAUACUCAACAACAUCUCUCUUCAGUACACUCCUCUCAACACUAACCUCUCUAUUGUGAGUUACUCAACGGAAGGUCUUCCCAUUGUCUGCCUCUACCUCCCUAUGCAGCCAGCCUCAUUCUUGAUGCAAGGUUUCUCCCCCCUUGCCCUCAGCCUCUACCAGACAGCCACAGUCCUUGUCCUCUGCACGUCUCUGGCUGUGCUUUUAUUGGCUGUUGCUUACAUUGCUAACUCAAGAACUAUAUCGUCUUUCCUCACCAUCAACCUAGCCCUCUCCCUGGCCAUUGGGGACAUCACACUCAUUUUCAACGCUUUUGGCCAUGGCAUAGACACGCUCUGUAUCCUCUCAGCAAUGGCCGAACAUUUCUUCUUAUUGACCGAGUUCUCUUGGUUGGCUCUCCUCGGGGGCAACUUUGCAUUGAGGUUUUAUCGAAUUGCUAACAGCCUUCCUCCUAAAUUGAACUCGUUUAUUAUGCUGUUAUAUUUGUGUAUUGGAUGGGGACCUUCGUUCCUGUUCACCGGUGUUGCCGUGGUGAUAUACUCUCUCCCGGGUGCUGAGUGGGUUAUAUAUGGACAGUCUGGUUUCUGUCACCUUGCACCAUCACCUGCAGUUGUCCUCCUUCUUAUCACUCCAAUCAUCGCUGGAUGGAUCGUAGCAAUGGCUGCAUUGCUAUGGAUUCUGUUGUAUCUCUACAAGAUCCCCUUCCAUUUUGACACGAGUGACAAGAAACGGUUUGCGUUUAUACUCGGUUUUCUGGUUGUCAUGGCCGCGGAUAUCGUCAUGACGAUGUGGGUGCUGUUAGACAGAUCACCGCCCACACAUGUGACCUCUUUAUUUGUCUAUAUUUUUGUCCUGUUUGCACGAUCGUUGCUCCUGGCAACAGGAUUCAUUCCAAAACGUCAACUAAUAAAGAAACUGAAGUCCAUCCUCAGGAAUAAGGUGUCGCCCACCUCCUACAUUGAACCACACCCCCACCUGUGUCCUGGCAUUGACCCACUAGACGCAGCAGAAUUAGUCAACAUGAUGUCGGACCCGUCCCUAGUACCAAAGAUAUACACAUGUGCAAGACAGUUAAUCUCUCAACAAUAAAAGAACACUCAGUAUAAUGAUUAUAUGAAGUUGUGUGCAGCAAUUUGUGAUAACACAGGGUUUUCAUAUGUGCAAUAAUAAUUAUGUGAUAAUAGUUUUUGGGGAAAAUUGUUUUUUUUGUGUAAAAUUACGGCAUUGUAUUUGAGUUGUGGCUAAUACUGUUAGUCUUGUCACUAGUGGUAGUAGUGAUGCUGCUUUGGUCUCUUAUGAGUAAGCUCUUGGUUCUCUGCACGUAGGGACAGAGCAGCUCCUUCAACUCUCUGAUGUUGAGCGCAAAUACGAGGUUAAGCCACGGGUUGACGGCCAGUAGCACAAAGGACAUGUUAGCAGGUAUGGGGUUGGUGAGGUCUUGAAAGCCCCCCGUAUCACAA